AUGAAAUACGUACUAAGGGGCCAUAAAAGAAACAUCCAAAAAACCUGUGAACAUUCGUUUAAAUCAUAUUUUACAAUCAAUCAUUUAUGUGUUGGUAAUUUGCCUACCUUUGUAAAAUUACAAGAACAUAAUAUAUUGUUUAGGAAGAAAGAAAUAUAUUUUUUAAGUACUUGUAAAAAGGAAUUGUGUAAGUAUGAUUAUACGAAUGAGAGUGAGAAAGAAGGAAAAAAAAAGAAUAAACUAAUUAACCUUUUGAAUUACCAUGAUGAUAAUAAGAAUAUUUUAACAAAAGUAUGUCUUGUAAAGAAUGAAAGAGAUAUUAUUAAUAUAUUACAAGAAAAUAUAAAAAAUGAAAAAAAUAUUUUGAUUACACCUCAGAAUAUAGUAGAAUUAUUACAAGCUUAUAGUAAAUAUAAAUAUUACAAUGAAAAAAUUAUAAAAUUAAUAAUUCUUUAUAUGAAAUAUAAUAUGAAUAAAUUUUCUUUUAUAAAAUUAUGUCUUUGUUUAAAUUAUUUUGUUAAUUUAAAUAUAAAAAAUGAACCUUCUUUUAAUAAUAUUAUUUCUAAUAUUAUUAUGAAAAAAAUAAAAAAUGAUGAAUAUAUUGAUUCAUAUGCAUUAUGUAUGGUGAUCAAAUAUUUAUUAAAAAAAAAAAUAGACGAUAUUAAUUUAAUAUAUAUGUUGGUAAUAAUAACCGAAAGGAAGAUAUCGGAAGGGCUAUAUAAUAUAUAUGAUGUCUAUAAUUUAAUUCUUUCUUUUUUAAAUAUACAUACGAGUAUUAUUAAUCCUGGCCUGUAUCAAAAUAAGCAAACAAAAAUAAACAACAUGAAUAAAAAUAAAAAUAAUAAUAAUAAUAAUAAUAAUAAUAAUAAUAAUGAUAAUAAUAAUAAUAAUAAUAAUAAUAAUGAUAUACAUUUAUAUGGUCAAGAGAAAAAUUAUUAUAUUAAAAAAUCUCAUAAUCCUGUUGAUCGUAAUAUAUCCAUAUUUAAUGACUAUCAAAUGAAUGAAUGUAUUCAUCUUUACAAAAACGAUGAUACUUUUAGAAUAUACGAAGAUACCAAAAAAAUAAACGAAGAAAAUAUAUACAAGAUGCUACAUAUAUAUAUUAAUUUUGAUAACAAAAAUAAUAAUGAUAUUAUUUUAUUAUUACAUAAUUUAAGAAAUAAUUUGUCACAAAAGUACUUUAGAUAUAAAAUGUAUAUGAACAAUGAUGAUAAAACAAAAUUAUAUGAAAAUUUAUUAAAAGAAAUACAUUUUAAAAAAGAGAUUCAACCACAAUAUAUUGCUCUUCUGCUCAUAAAUGUAAUGAAGUUUAUAAAUAAUUCCGAACUUUCAGAGGAAUUAUUUUUGUACACUCUAAAAAAUGUUCACACACAUAUUAAAGAAGUUGUCAUGAAUACAAAAGAAAAUGAAAUAAACAAAUACAAUCAAUUUUGUAAUGAUAAAAAAACAAAAGAAUUAUUUAUAUUUAAUAAUAAUAUGAACACAUUUUGUGCAGAACAAAAGGUAUGUUCUCAAAAUAGUCAAAAUGAGGUACACAUUAAAAAAAAAGGUUGUUUUGAAAAACCGCUUGUUUUUUGUUAUCCUAUUAAAAAAAAAAAAGAAAACCCUUAUGAAGAAAAUAUAAAAAAAAAUAACAAUGCAGAAAAAAAAACGAGAAGACACUUUAAUGUUCAAGAAAUUGGUUUGAUAUUUGAAUUUUAUACAUCUAUGCAAAAUUAUAUAAAAGAAAGAAAAAAACAAAUUCCUCAUCAUGUUGAUGGAAAAUUUUAUGAUACACUUCCUUUGGAUAUGCUCAAGAAAAAUAAUAUCAUAUCACACAUUGAAAUGUAUGAUAAUAAAGGGAUUGUACAAAGUGAAGAUAUUUUUAAGGAUGAUGUACAUAUGAAUAAAACGAUUGAUACUAAAAAUAAUCUAAGUACAUUUGGGUAUCAUGAUAGAUGUUAUUUUAUGGAUCAGUUAAUUAGAUAUUGUGAUGUGUUGAAAUUAUAUACAAACAUAUUAAAGAAUUGUGUGUUUUUGUAUUCCUUAUAUAAAAAAGAAGAAAUAAAAAAAAAAAAAUUAAAAUACAGUGGUGAUAAUAUAAAUAUAAUAACUUACUGUAAAUUAUUUAAAAAUUUUUUAGAACUAUAUAGUACACAUAAUAAUUUCCUUGAUAAAAAGAUAUUUUAUUCCUUUUUCGAAGAAUAUUUUUUUUUAAUAGAAAAAAAAGAAAAAAAAUUAACUCUGAAUGAAAUUUGUGAUAUUUUAAAAAUUAUAUAUACAUAUAAAAAUACAUAUGUUUUAGAAAGUUUAUUAUAUAAUAAUAAAGAAAGCAAAAUGUUAUUUAUUAUAGAGAAUAAUUUAAUAAAGUAUGUAACAAAUGAAAUGAAUAGAAUAAGAAAUGACAACCUUUAUUUUGUUAUUAUGUCUUUUUAUUAUCUUUCAUUUUUAAAAUGUUAUAAUUUUAUAACAUAUUCAAAAUUAAUUAAUUUCAUUUUAAGUAAUGUAAAAAAUGAUGUGUGUAUCAAACAUCUUCCAUAUGUAAUAAUAGGAAUAAUUAAUUUUUUUAAAAUGUACAAAAAAUUUAAAAUAUCGAAAUGUGAAAAAAAGGAAGAAUAUAAAUAUAAUGAAAAUUUAAAUCAAAAUGAUUUAUAUGAACGAGAUAAUAAUAUAUCCAUGUUUAAUGAUAGAUAUAAUAAGGAAUUAAAAGAAGAAGAAAAAAAAAAAAAAAAAAAAAAUGUUCUUAUGAUACCAAAUAAUUCUUCCUAUUCAUUAUAUAAUGAUAAUAAAAUAUAUAGGUUACAUAUAUUGUUCGUUUUGUUAAAUAAAAAUUAUAGUGAAUAUAAAAUAUAUUAUAUAUUAAAUUGUAUAUAUAUGUUAAUCAAAUUAAUAAAAGAAAAAGAUUUCCCAACAACAUAUAAUUAUAUAUCUAAAUUUCAUUUAUUACAAAUAUUUAAAAAAUUAGAAAAACAAAUGGAUAUAAAUAAUAAUAACAUAGAAGAAAAAUAUAUAGAUAACCUUAAUAUAAUAGAAAAAGAAAAGUUACAUAUUAUAAAUGUUGAGAACAACAAUAUACAUAUGAUUUAUUAUAACAAAUAUAAUUAUUUUAUUAACUAUGUGAAAUAUAUAUAUUGUAUUUCAUUUCUUAAUUCUUAUAUUGAUCUGAGUCAUUUCAUAAGUAAUAUUAUGAAAAAAAAAAUUACAAAUAAUUUUGUAUCGACAUUUUAUACACCUUUUAAUUCGUAUUUAAUAAGUAAUUUUUUAUAUAAUUAUGAAAUUAUAAAAAAAGAAAAAUAUGAUGAAAUCAAAAAGUUAUCUAAUUGUCCCAACCAAAAUAAUGUUUUCAAAAAAUAUAUAUAUAUUUCAUCUUUAAAAUAUAUCCAUAUAGAAAAAAGUACACAUUUUAAUAAAUGUAUAGAAUAUAUAAAGAAAUGUAAUUUUUUAAAUAUAUAUAAUAUUAUUUAUAUAAUAAAGACAUAUAAAUUCUUAUGUUAUUAUAUUAAUCAAUAUAAUAUUUUAUUAUUAAACAACCUUAUAUUAUUUUUAUAUAUAUAUCAAAAUAUUAAAAUGUCAAGCUUAUAUGAAUUAUUAAUUGAAUAUAUAAAAUUUCUAUAUUAUCUAGAAUAUAUACAAAAACUUAUCUUUUUAAAAUCCAACAAAGCAAUCAUAAAAGUUAUCAUCUUCUUGUUAAAAAUGUUAUCUAAAUAUAAUAUGAAUAAUUUUGAAAAUAAUUAUAUAGGUAUGCUACACAUAUCUUUAUUAUACAUGUCUUAUUUUGUUAAAGACUUCCAUUCUAUUUUUUCAUUCCUCUCUCUCAACUUUUUGAGGCACCUCAAUUUAAUUUUAGGAAUGUCUAUGAUAAAAAAUUUGGAAACAUAUGAUCAUUACUAUAGUUUCCAGAUAUAUAUUGUCAAUAUACUCAAGGGGGUUAUUAAAAAGAAGAAAAGAAUUAUGAAUGAAUAUAAUGUUGAAAAUACACCUUAUACAAUAGAUAUUCUUAUUAAAUAA